AUGCCACCAGCGGCAGAUGCUCCAACCUGGGAAGAAAUGGAGAAGACGAAUGCUGCGAUGGAAACAGCUCGGGAUGCCUUGGCAGCACUGUCCAUAUCUGAUCAUCACCUGUGUGGCGUGGACGAGCAAUUUCAGGAUAUUCUCAGGGACAAUGAAAUGAAGGAAGCAGUUAAAGUAUUGCUGGGACACAAUGCAAAGAAACUUCCAGGGUUGAGCUAUGAAGCUCCGCGAGAUGCUGUCAACAUGCUAGGGGGAGCACCCAGUGAAGAAUUGACAGUGCCUUCUGUUGAUAGUCCCGAAUCUGUCCCAAAUUUUAAGGCCCCUGCAGACUUGACCGAAAUCGAAAUCGUUGUGAAAUAUAGAAUCAAGAAAGAGCAGAUGCUACACCGGAUCUACAUUAAAAGGCUUGCCACAUGGUAA